CCCCCCCCCCCCCACACACUCCCUGUCCCAUCCACGGACAGCAGCCGCAAACCCUUCAGUCCCCUAUGGCAUUUGGCAAAGACCCCUGGCCUCGGCAAGGAUGCCAGCCCUGACCCCUCUGCUCGGCCCUGGGAACGAAGGCACAGAGAGAACGGAAGAGGAGGCGAGGAGGAGGAGGAGGAGGAGGAGGAAGCGUGGGCAUUGUGCACUGCCGCGGGUGGCCCCCAUCUCCAGGCCAAUCUCCAGGGUCUUCUUCCAAGCCGGAGAGUCGCAGACUGCAGGACCUCCACUCGGCCCGUUUUGUUCAGCUUUGCGUCUCUGACUCCGUGUGUGCUCCUCGGAUCCGCUCGCAGACUUGCUGAGGCCCACAGAAACUUCACUCCAGCGCUUCCUCCCUUUUCUGGCCUUGCAGUCUAUGAAUUAUUGAGAGGACCAGCUCUUUAUCCAGCGACAGCACGCUCGCUGGUCUUCCUAGGUCUCAUUACUGCUGAUCGGAGAGAGGUAGUGGGCUAUGGGUCCGAAUGGACUGAAUCUAGGGGAACAAAACUAUAGCUCAGGUAGAUGAGCUGCAUGUACACUUCAAACUGCAGCUUCGGGCAGGGAUCAGUUCUGAUUAACAUCAUGAAAACUUUUGCACAAAAUAGGAGACAUGGCUUUUUAUGGAUGUCUGAUGUACUGUUUGGAUCCACCAACAUUUACAUUUGAUGAAGGUCUCAUACAGGAUUCCUAUUUGAGUGGAUACCUCAUCAUACCAAUGUACUGGGAAAUGUGUUCAAAAGAACAAACUAAGAAAAGCUGAAUUCACAGCCUACUAAAACUGAACUGGUAAUUAGCCGACAGUGUGAUUGGAUUUAAGUAAAGUUAAUUGAAGUCCUGUGUUAUCACUCCUGAGGAAAAUGCUUUGGGCACUAAAGCAGAAAAUUCUGAAUUAAGGCAAACCAAGAUGAUGUUAUGUUAAUGCUAUAUGUCUGAAUUGGGAACAACACCAUAAUUUUUUGAUGACUGAAGACCUUGUGUUUGUUGGAAAUUACUAUUGGCUUGUCAGAAUCACCAACAUUGCUGAACAGAUCAGAGGAAUAAAACAGUUUUUUCUGUGGCCUCCUAUGCUAAAGACUUCUAGAGGAGGAGAACCGGAUGGUUCUUACUGGUGUCUGACUUAGAAGACUGAGCGGGUGAGCAGGGGAAGAUGCCGGAGUUGGAGGACUUUUCUCCGCCACCGCGCGACCAGCCAGACCCGGCGCAGAUCCAGAGGAAUGUUCUAGAAGAGCAGGUGGAGCUAUGGUGGUUCCGAGAGCCACGCAAGUCCCUGCUGUGCUACUGCGCCUCCGUGGGGCUGAUCCUGGGCUGCGGGCUGGGCGGCGUGGGCCUGCUGUCCACCACCACCAGCCUGUCCAGCGAGUGGCGGCUGGGCGUGGGCACGGCGCUCUGCCUGCUGGCCCUGGCCGUGCUGCUCAAGCAGUUGCUGAGCUCCGCAGUGCAGGACAUGAACUGCGUCCGUAGCCGCAGGCGCAUCGAGGUGCUGAAGAGCGGCGGGCUGUCGGACCUCAUGGUCAUCCUUCUCACCGGCCUGGCCCUGCUCAUCUGCGGCACGGUGCUGCUCAACCUGGCCCUGGCCAGCGGCCUGCCCCAGCCGGGGCUCGCGCUCAACGACAUGUUCAUCUCCGGGGUGGUGCUGCUGGCCGUGGGCGGGGCCACAGUGCUGGCAGUGGCCGUUUACUCCGCCGUGGUCUUCCUCCUGGAGAGGGUUAGGCCUGGACAGAGGCUGAGGGGCCGGCCCGUGGGCGUCUUCACCAUCUCCGGACAGAUGAACGAGACGCGUAGAGAGACCACGUCCAGCAUGGCCAACCUCAUCUGAAACUGCGACUCAAAGGGAACAAAGAACAAAGCACAUAGAUACUGCACUUGGCUACUGUUUGGGGAAUCCAAAGGCCUGCAACCCACAUCCAUGUUGCUCACUGUAUUACAUUUUCAAAAGGCAGGUUUAAACUGUGAAUCCUCAUUGGCAUUGCCUUAAUAUUAAGCCAAGGAACCACUGAAAUGAAGUCCCUGUCUUCUCUAAAAGAGCUGCUGUGUACAGUCCUGUCAAUCACACUAAAAACUGCUAUGAAUGUUGGAUUGUGUGUGGAAGCGUGCUGUUGUUGCUUCAACCCACCACUGCCCUUGCUUUACUCUAAAUGUAUCAUCUCACACACACUGUGUAAAACAGUGUGCCUCUAUCCUCGUAUCCAGCAGUUAAUGAUAUUGGGUAAAGAAGCAAACAUUCAAACGCAUGCCAAGCUGUUCUUCCAGAAUUACACUUGUUUGUCUAAAACACUGAGAGGUGUGUCUGUGUGUAAGUUGGCGUAGCUCACGCAUACGAGUUUGCAUGUCAGUGCUCUUAUGCCCUUUCCUGGUUCUGUAUAGCACUUGGAUAAAAUAAAAUUUACCAUUGAUAUGGAGUCUAGUGGCCAUCUAACCAGAGCUUAUUUUAAUAUCUCUAAAGUGAAUGUCUUCCAUACGGCAGCACCUUCUGACAUAUGCAGCCAUACUACUGCUGUCUGUGCAACUGUUAGUAUUAACAUUGACUAUUUAAUGACAGUCUUCUGAAUAAUGGGCAAGUGUAAGUACUGGCAUUCUCUUCACUAUAAGCAAGCUCCAGACUCUCGUGCUCAUAUGGUACCACCAAGUACAUCAAGUGGCCUAUAUGCGUGUACUUUAAGUGCAUCCGCUCAGUGGACAACACGCUAAGCUUUCUGGUGCAAGUGGACAUAACCUCAGAUGCCUUUGGCCAGAUAAGUAGUGGCCCCAGGUCUGAGAGUGUCCCGUUGUGAAAGGUUUGGGAUUGUGCUGGAGAGACACAGUGCCGUUUGAGUCACACACAGACAGUGCCUCAGUGUGCCCAGUGCCCAACUCAGGGCAGGGGCACAAACUGUGCUGGGUGACGCCAGCUCCUGCGCCACACAGCUUGCCCAUUGUCCGCCGGCGGCUGUUCGUCACCCGCUGACUACGGCAAACUCAGUGGCGCAUUGUCACCGAGCUUCAGGCAACUCGCAUGCAGGCCUGGAUAAGCCGGAAAGAGGCAGGCAAACGCGUCCCUACAAACCCCAUUGUUUGAUUCUGUGCUUUUAAAAUGUGUGGUUUGGAUCCAUGGAUUACAGCUGAUUACUGAGGCAGCACUGUUGCGUAGAAUCUCUCUCAUCUGCGACAAACAAGCUGCAGAUUCAAUCCAAACACAGGCCAAGAGUACCAGCUAAAACCACAAAGGGGUCAAGACGUGUCUCUGUAAAACUCGCGAAAUAUUUCAGAAGUCCCUGACCGUGUGUUCAAGGCUCAGUUCAUCUUGCCUUUCUCUGUGAUGGAAGAAAAAAAGGAACACUGCUAUGUUAAAGUAGUUUAUUUGCUAAAAAGGACCAACACUGUAUCCUACAGUCAUGCAGUGUAGUCAUUUAUAAAUAAGACAGGAACUGAAUAAAAAGAUACAACAUUACAGAUGACCCAAAAGAAUCAGGAAGUAACCAGUGUUCCCUUAUAAAAAAGUUUACAUGUCAAAUGCAUGACUACUAAAAAUCUUUAUUUCCUAUGCAGAAUUUUUUGCCAUUGAGAAAGAUGUGGGUUUAGAAUACUGGGAAAAUACCACAUAAAUAAAUGAGAAAAGGGGAAACAAAGUAUUGAACAAGAAAGAACCAAGCAUGUAAAAAGUACAUUCCCAUUAGUAAUAAACUGCCUUCAAAACUGGCUGCUGGGUGCACUGUGCACCUUUCAGGAUGUGUCCACAGUGAUCUGUGUGCCCCAUAAUUUCUUAGGCCCACAUUCCGCUCAUUUUUAAGCCGGUGUUUUUAUAGCAGUCUCAGCAAAGUUACAAAUUAAUGGACACUUGCAACAACUUCUGCUUCAGUGUACAACACUAUAAAUGAGGUGUAAAUUACUGUUGAAUAUCCUUCUGGAUUGUUCUACGGUGGAUGAUUACCUUCCACAAGCAUAAAAUGCGUAGCACAUCUUUUGAUUUGAAUACAAAUUUUGAGAUGACAGUACAUUCAGUUAGUUCACUUCAGUAGCUCUGGGAGUCCUUAUUGCACUUGACAUUACACGCUUAUUUCACACCUGAUAGAAAAAUGACCUUUUUGUACUUAUGUCUAAUGACAGUAACAGAAGUUCCCCACUCUUUAUGAUUC